AAAAAAUUGCAGUUUUUUCCAUUAAAUCGAAUGAAAAAUUAUAUUUUAAUUAUUGAGUUGACGUCGUUUUUGUGAUUCAAUUUGUUUUUGGUUUUUCUCCACCAAAAUAAAUUGUAAUUGAUGUUCGCAAGUUAUAAAUGCCAUCAUCAAGUGAAAUCAAGUGAAUAACAUACGUGUGGAAUUCGUCGUAUUGUAAACCAUUCGUUGCUGUAAAAGAAUCUAUCAAUGAGCAUCAUCUUGUGCAAAUAUAAACAAAUUUUUUAUGUGAAAAACAAAAUUAGGCCACAAACAACAUUUUGACAUUGUGUUCACAUUGAAAUUAUUAACGUUUAUAUUAGCCAAAAUCUAAAUUUGGUCGAGUUUUUAUUCACAAUUUUCUUUUCCUCGUUGAUCACUGCAAAUAAUAAAAACAAACAACAAUGACAAUGAGCGAUGAUACACCAGUUUCAACGCUAGUUUUGCCAGUUCUAUUGCGUCCAAUAUUAUCACAGUUGGAACGACGAGAUGUGGUCGCAUCGCAAACACUUCGAGCUGCUUUGACAAAAGCCGAACAAGCGCAUCCAGGCCUAUCGUAUGACAUUGUGAUGGGCAUUUUGAAAAAGGGCGAUCUUAAUGUCAAUUUGAACGAAAGUAUCUUGAGAUUACAGGGUAAUGCGUCCGAAAGUGAUUUGGUUGAAUAUCGUUUAAAUCGUUCCGAAGAUGCCUUUCAGGAAUUGAACAAAAAAUCAGCUUCACUCAAACGAAUUUUGAGCCGAAUUCCUGAUGAAAUCAGCGAUCGCAAAACAUUCUUGGAGACAAUCAAAGAGAUAGCAAGUGCCAUCAAAAAGUUGCUUGACGCAGUCAACGAAGUGGUUGGCUUCAUACCGGGCACCUCGGGCAAACAAGCAGUGGAACAACGAAAAAAGGAAUUUGUAAAAUAUUCAAAGAAAUUCAGUACGACACUGAAGGAAUAUUUCAAGGAAGGGCAAGCCAAUGCUGUGUUCAUCAGUGCACUAUAUUUAAUACAUCAGACCAAUCAAAUCAUGAUCACAGUAAAAAAUAAGUGUGAAUAAGCAAGAACAGAACAAAAAACUUAGCCAAUAUUAUUCAUAUAGAAUUCGUAAUCUAGCAAAAAAACAUGUUGUUGUUCGUUUUAAUUCGUUUGCACGUAUCGUUAGCAAACGAAUAAAAAUACAAAUUUUCAAAUAAUAAAUUGCAAUACCUAUAGCGAUAUCCAUUUAAAACUAAAAAUUCUAGAUAAUUAGGUUCCAAUUUAUAUUUGUUAA